AUGCUUGAAGCUUGCUUAAAAAUAAUUCACUAUGUUAUUUUGAUUGCAUCUCCAUCCUUUCCACUCUACUUUCCGGAACAUUCUUUUAAUCGACUGGGGACUCUGCAACUAAUAUCGUUUAUAUCUUUUUUGUUGGUCAACAGUUUGUACAGCAAGGGCCGCGUCUUGGGUUACGAACGCGCCAAGCGUAACCAAAACCCCAACGUUUCUCUCAUCCAAAUUGAAGGUUGUCAAACUUCCAAGGAUGCCCAAUUCUAUCUCGGUAAGCGUGUCGCUUAUGUCUAUCGUGCUCAACGUGAAGUCAAUGGUUCCAAGAUCCGUGUCAUCUGGGGUCGCAUUGCUCGCUCUCACGGUACAAGUGGUGUUGUUAAGGCUCGUUUCCGUAAGAACUUGCCUCCCAAGACCUUCGGUGCUUCCGUCCGCGUUAUGCUUUAUCCCUCCAACAUCUAA